AUGGAUUAUAAAGAAGCAGCUAAAAAAAUUAUUAAAAAAACAGAGUUUAAAAGUACUGAACAAAAACGGUUUUCUUAUAUCCAAGGAAAAAAGACUGUUGGUAUUUCUCAGACAUAUGAAGGAGAACCAAUUAGAGUUCCUGUACUAAAAAAAAAUGGAAAUUUGGAAAAUUUAGGAUUAGUUGAAAAACUACCUAAAACUAGUCAUGUAAAACCACAGAAAAGGGAUGAUGUAAAAAAACUAUUAAAGUAUUUCAACAUACCACUAGAUGCUAAAGAUUUUUAUAAUGAUAUUUUAAAUGAUGUAGUCACUGAACCAUCAGCUGAAGAAGAUUGCCAAGAGUAUGAAGAAGAUACACUUUAA